AUGGAGCGAAGAAACUGUGGUAAUACCCAUUAUUUUCAAGCUAUAAGGGGUGGUUUGGUGUUAAAAGUCCACAAUAUAGAUUCCCGUGGAAAGCCGCCUCUUUCAUUCAGGACUUUAAAGGAUGUAUAUGAAAGUGAAGAUGCCAAAAGACUAGGGAGACCUUCUACAAGUGACAAGGAUAUAUUGAGUGCAGGUUCAGUUUUUAACUACGAUCAAGUGAUAAGUGAAACUCUGUGUUUUCCACUUGUAGAAAGAACAUUGAAGGAAGUCAAACUAGCAUUUGAUGAGUUUGUUCUCUGUGGCGAUGAUGACGACAUAGACUGGGAUUUGGACGACAAUACUACAUUGAAACAGCUUAGAGAAAGGUCUAAAACAAUAACAUUGAAGGAAGUCAAACUUGAAUUCGAUGAGUAUGUUCCCCGUGGGAAUGAUGAUGACAUACACAGUGAUUUGGAUCACAACAGUACAUUGAAACAGCUUAUGGAAAGGUCUAAAACAAAGAAAAGGAAGCUUGGAAGUUCUACUGGCGUGGAUCCAGAGCAGGCUGAUGCAAACGGAAAACGGACUGAAGAUGAAUCUGAUAUUGACGAACCACUUAUUAUUUGGAAAUCCAAGCUUGCAAAGAACUCAAAGGUUAAGAGGAAAUGCACAAACAAAAAUGUGGUAACAUCUUUGGAGGCUUCCUCAUCAAUUAAAUCUGAACAGAAUCAGCUUUCUGAAGGUUCCAUGCAAGUUGAUUCUAAAUUACCACCAGUUAUCCGAGUUAAAGCUGAGGUUCCUGAACCUGAGCUGCAAGGGUGUCAAACACCAACUUGUUUUGCUGAUGAUUCAUCCACCGACCUCAAUGAGGAAUCCAAGAUUGGUGAUAUAGCAUCAAAUGGAAUUUCAAUGGAGUGUGAAAAUAGAGAAGCAUUGUUUUUUGCAGAGGAAUGCCAAAACUGUGUAACAAAUGAAGUUUCCUAUGACCAUUUGGAGCAUGUUAAGCCUAUCUCUAUGCUUCUUCCAAGUAAUGGAAGGACUGUGAAGGUAGAAUAUCAGGAAAUGGAUUGCCAUGAAUUUCUUGUUUCGCCUCCUUCAAUAAUUGAGACAGAAAAGGAUAAUCUGAGAGUACUUUCUAGCAGUUCACCUGCUAAGAUCCAUGGUUCAUAUGUGCGUUGCACCAAAAGUUCUUCCAAAAUGGAGGAGAUAUCAGAGCAAACCAGGGGAGAUUCCAGUGGUCAAGUUCCUAAACCUGCUGUUGACAAUAACAUUGGCUGCACCGAACCUUGCAAUGAAGUUAAUUUUUACACGUCUGUUGAUAACACUAAGGAAGAUUUGCUUUAUGAAAAAAAUGGUUCCUUGACUAGCCCAGACAAGAGCUGUAUCUCUUCAGUGGAUGCAAGUAUUUCCUUGGAGAUCAAUGACAAUUCAGCGCCCUUGAAAAAUACCAUGGCUGAUGGAGAGUCUUUGAAAUUUACUUUUGAUGCCGUGGCAAGGAAUGGCUUGAACUCUGGAGAUCAAUUGGAGGAUGAGUUAUCAAAGAGCAAGGAGAGGCAAACUCCAGCAUCUCCAGGCACCUAUAAAGAAAGAAAACCCUCCCUUGACUACCAAGGUUGUGAUAUCGCUAAUACACUUCCAAUACUAGAUCUCUAUCAACCUCCUCAAAGGCUCCUUUCAACUCGAAAGGCCAUUUCUCCAUAUUCUCAAGAACAAUUGUGCUUGAAUAUGAAUUCAGUUGAAUUACAUGACGAAGUUGACCAAUGCGAAUGCAAGGGGAAGCUUUGGAUAGAGAAACAAAAUGAGAAUGUUUUAUCUGGGAGAUCAGAUAUUGAGCAUUCUAAAAUAACUGAAAGUAUAGGAGAACCUGUGGUGCGUAGUCAGAGAAAAGUCUUCAUAAACCCCAGACAGAUUCUGAAGAAAUCACAAAAUUUCAAAGCUUCCUUACCUAAAGGAAAUCUCGAGGGCCCUCGUUUUUCUCGUACCUUACCCAACUUUAGCACUGGUUGCUCAACUAAAGGUUGUUCAGAAAGUGCUAUUGCAUUUUCACAGCGGCAGAUGCAUGACAUUGAGUCUCUUGCAAUGAAACUGAUGAAUGAGUUGAAGUUCGUGAAGGACAUUGUGGAAGAAAAAUUACUUUUUGAAGCAUAUCGUAACACUUCUUUGAAAAAUGAUGCUGAAGAGGUUAAAGCAGCCAUUGACAACUCAACCAAAGUUGAAGAAACAGCAAAAAAGUGGUUAUCCAUGAUGAAUAGGGACUGCAACCGCUUUUGUAAAAUAAUGAAAUUGAGUCAGAAUAGUGUCACUGCACCCGAGAAUGUAGUUAAGAGGGAGAGGAAAAAGAUAGUGUUUGCGGAUGAAGCAGGUGGAAACCUCUGUCAUGUCAAGUAUUUUGAAGAUGGCAUAACUUCUCCAGUUUCUGAAGUUCUGCAGGCAUCUGAUGCUGAACUACAACAGGGUUGA